CGAUCCCUCCAAAAUACAGUGGAGAUUUUUUUUUUAAAGAAAUAAUAACAAUAAAAAAAGGACCCGACAACUUUAACAGCGGGGUAGGAAGAGAGAAAGAGAGAGAGGGAGAGAGAGAGAGAGAGAGAGAGGAAAGAAAAAAAAUAAUAACGUCUGGCAACAGUCGAUAUUAAAAACAUGCAGAGGGAGACAAGCUCGGGGCCUUCCAGAGUCAGGAAAAAGACUUCGGAGAGCUGCAGACGGGAGAUGGGUAUGGCAUUUGUAUUUUCCCCCUGCCCAAUGAUUUGUAUAUGAAAACAUAGCGCUUUUAUUCUCCCCCCUUCUGGGCUCUGCUUCUGAGUGAUCAGCUGAUGAAGAGACUAGCAGCUCGCCGCUAUGCUGGCUUGCUAAUUCUCUCCCCCACAGCUGCAGCCGAUCCCGAUAGCCAGCCUGCAGAUUGCAGUCAGCUCGAGGCAAGAGAGAACGGUUCUCUAGAGGACAUGGAGGAGGACAUCAGUCUGAAGAAGCGUAAAGGUGAUCAUCAAGCAGUGAAAGACCUGAAGGCUGGGCAAGAAACUGGCGAGAAAGUCAAAAGGAAGCGAGGGCGCCCACCAGCUGAGAAACUCCCUCCAAAUCCGCCUGAACUCACCAGAACACUGAACACACUGGUGGAUAUGGUCAUGAACUACAAAGAUGGGUUGGGACGGCAGAUCAGUAAAGGCUUUGUGCAGCUUCCCUCUAAGAAGGAAGUACCUGAGUACUACGAACUGAUCCGAAAGCCUGUGGACUUCAGAAGGAUCAGGGAACGUGUUCGCAAUCACAAGUACAGAAGUGUGGGAGAUCUGGAGAAGGACAUUUUCCUUCUGUGUCACAAUGCUCAGACUUAUAAUCUGGAGGGAUCUCAGAUCUAUGAGGAUUCUAUUGUCAUUAAGUCUGUUUUUGAGAGUGCGAGACAGAGAAUCGUCACAGAUGAAGAACAGAAAGAGACGGUUAGCGCCAGUCACAGCAAUAAUGGCGGUGGAGCUGAAGACCAGUUUCUUCCAUCAGCAGUGAAACCAUUACCAGUUCAGAUCAAGAAGGGGGCUAAGGAGCAGAGAAGCAGAAAUACUAUGGCCAAGAGGGUUCACAGUGAUUUAGACAGCGAUGAGGAUCUAGAGGAUAACACCACAAAAGAUGAAGGUUGAACUAAAAGACCCUGCUCUUUUUGUAUUCUUGUCCAUGUCUAUUCUCUGCCACAUCCCUUUUCAUUGGUUUCUUUAUGUUGUUUUUUUUAAUUAAAAGAAAGCUCUUUGAAAAUAACCAUGAAAGGACUCCUCAAUGUGAAGCACUUAUAAAACAGUGCUUUUUUUAGAUGACUCACAUCACUCAAACACAUCUUGCUGCACAGUGCUGUUCUUCUCAUUUAGCUGGUCUUUUAUAAGAAUUAUGAUUUACGUUUUAUCUGCUUUAGUCCCUGUGAUAGCUUCUGCAGAUAUAAUGUAAAGCACCAGUUUCAUUGACUGUUUUUAAUCAAUAUAUUUGAUUGUAUGAAAUGCCUUCAUAUGUCUUUGGAGCAUGAUAUGUAUCUCUGUCCUGAAGCUGGCUCCUCCAGAGGAAAACCUGCUGACGAUGAUGUGUUCAGGGCCAAGGCAUCGAAGCACACAGGAAGGUCUGUUUAAUGAAUCGGAGAUGAGCAAAUUAAAUUUGUUUAAAGUCUCUGAAUGUGAUUUUUAGAGUGGAUACAAGUAAAAAGACAUGUGACAAAUACUGGUAGUAUGCCUUUUGUCUGUUUCUGAUACUUGAUGGAAUAAGUUUGGAUCUAACCAAGGGUACUUAAGUCAAACAUUUGUAUCCCUUGUGCUACAGUAUAUUCACAUAUUGUACAGUUUGUGUGAAAAAUAACAAAAUUUCUUUUCCUCAUUUACUCUCCGACUAUUUGGGGAGGAUGGAAGACAUCAUUGUUAAGACAAUCCCUCAAAAACCUGUAUCACUUAAACACUUGCAAAAUAAAUUUUACCAAAAAGUC